GGCGCAGGGCUGAGGGUGCGCCAUGCCCCGCUGUGGCGCUGCGUCAUGGCGCAUUAGCACAGGAAGCUGAGCUGGGACAUGUAUCUCUGGGGGCCCCUAGAAAACAGGCCCCCAAUCCGCAGCUUCCUGCCACCUCCAGGAGAGGCUGUGGUGGCCCCGAGUCCCCAGCAGAGACUCUGCAGCAUCCAGACCCUGGGAACAACCUGGAAAGAGGAGCUCACAGCUCGGAAGUGGGUUUGGGGCUUGUGGCUGCAGCCCAGAGCCUGGAUCGCUGCGACUGGAGAGCGGCUGAGGCUGGAGCUGUGGGACCCUCGUCCUUACCCUGGAGCCUUCGUGCCGGGCACAGCUGGACUCUCUCAGUGUCAGGGCCCUGUGCCUGUCGCAGGCCCCUUGAGGCCACCAGCUUCCCCGGAGGUUCACAGGAGUCUCCAGGGCCAAGGACCACUGGGGGACCGAGUUCCAGGCACAGAUCGCCCUGGGGGCCCUCCACUGUCUGUGGUGGGCAUGUAGCCUGAACAUGGAGACCCUACUGGGGCACCCCUUCCAAACAGGUGGGGCUGCCCUUCUGUAAGACUGGGGGGAACAGUCUCCCAGGGAGCCUCCACCCGCCACCCAGGGCCCCGUGACAAAUGAUGGCAUGCAUCCUCACCUCUGUGGGUGGGUGGCGGUCCCUCUGCUGACUGGCGCCCACCCCUGGCUAACCCAGCGCAGGCCCUGCGACCUGCACCCCCACUCCCGCUGCUCGCGCACCGGCCCUCCAGCGCUGUGGGAGUGGCUUGGGCAGGGCUGCCAGGGCUGUCCCCAAGGCCUGCCGCCUCCCAUCUGCCCUGCGCGCUGCUUAUCAGGUAACCAGAGCCGCAGCCUCGUCCACGCCUGAAACAGGAGGCCCGGGGCUGCGUACGAGCUGCUGAGAGCCGGAGCCGGAGGAUGGAAGGGCAGCGGGCACUCACGGCCGCCAAGGCCGGGGAUGUGGCCACCCUAGAGCAGCUGCUGGAGGCCGGUGUCCUGGGCCCGGGCAUCACUGAUGCCCUGGGGGCCGGCCUGGUGCACCACGCCACCCGGGCCGGCCAUCUGGACUGCGUCAGGUUCCUGGUGCAGCGGGCCAAGCUGCCCAGCAACCAGCGGGCCCACAACGGGGCCACACCGGUGCACGAUGCUGCCGCCACGGGCAGCCUGGCCGAGCUGUGCUGGCUCGUCCGCGACGGGGGCUGCGGUCUGCAGGACCAAGAUGCCUCGGGCGUCUCCCCGCUGCACCUGGCCGCCCGCUUCGCACACCCAGUGCUGGUGCAGUGGCUGCUCCAUGAGGGCCACUCGGCCACGCUGGAGACACGGGAGGGGGCCUUGCCACUGCACCACGCCGCUGUCAGUGGGGACCUGACCUGCCUGAAGCUCCUGGCGGCCGCCCACAGCAGCGGCGUGAACCAGCGGACACGCAGCGGCGCCUCCCCACUCUACCUGGCCUGCCAGGAGGGCCACCUGCACCUGGCACAGUUCCUGGUGAAGGACUGUGGCGCCGAUGUGCACCUGCGCGCCCUUGAUGGCAUGAGUGCCCUACAUGCCGCUGCUGCCCGAGGCCACUACUCACUCGUCGUCUGGCUGGUCACCUUCACUGACAUCGGCCUGACGGCGCGGGAUAACGAGGGGGCCACGGCCCUCCACUUCGCGGCCCGAGGUGGCCACACGCCCAUCCUAGACCGGCUCCUGCUGAUGGGGGCCCCCCUCCUGAGGGACGCCUGGGGCGGGACCCCCCUGCACGACGCGGCCGAGAACGGGCAGCUGGAGUGCUGCCAGACCCUCGUCUCCCACCACGUGGACCCCUCCCUGCGGGAUGAAGAUGGUUACACGGCCGCAGACCUGGCAGAGUAUCAUGGACACCAGGACUGCGCCCAGUACCUACGGGAGAUGGCCAGGCCGGUGCCACUCCUGAUGACGCCCCCUCCACCACCGUUCCCUCCUCCCCCACUGUCAGCCGCGAGGUACUCCCUGGAGGACGGAAGAAGAGGGGGCUCGGGGCUCGGGCAUCCCACCCCCACGACUCUCAGCCCCACCUGGCCCGGCCAGCCCGCCCAGCCUCCGCCGAGGGAGCAGAGGACCUGCACAGCGCCCCCGAGCGCCUCCGCCAGGGCCACAGCAGCCCGCACGGGUGCAGAGAUGGCUGUGGCGGGGGACACCCCAGACGGCCUGGCCACGCUGCAGCUGGACGGGCUGCCCUCGUGCGACCUUGACGGGCUGGUGCCCACACGGGACGAGUGCGGCCGGCCCAUCCCCGAGUGGAAGCGGCAGGUGAUGGUGCGGAAGCUGCAGGCAGGCGCGGACCAGGCUCCUGAGGCCCAGGACGGCGGCUGGGGCUCGGGCCCCAUGGAGCAGGCGGCCUGGCGGUACUCGCAGACCCACCAGGCCAUCCUGGGGCCCUUCGGGGAGCUGCUGACCGAGGACGACCUGGUGUACCUGGAGAAGCAGAUCGCAGACCUGCAGCUGCGGCGACGCUGCCAGGAGUACGAGAGUGAGCUGGGCCGGCUGGCGGCCGAGCUGCAGGCCCUGCUGCCCGAGCCCCUGGUCAGCAUCACCGUCAACAGCCACUUCCUGCCCCGGGCGCCCGGGCUGGAGGCCGAGGAGGCCACAGCCCCGAAGGCUGAGCCCGCAGGCUCUGCAGAGGCCUCGGAGGCGGCGCCUGGCGGGCAGCCCCUGCCCUUCUGGUGCAGCCACAUCGCCCGCCUGGUGCGCAGCAUGUCCCUGCUGCUGAAGGGCAUGAACGGGCUGGUGCAGGCGGAGGAGAAGCCGGCCUCCCGGCCCCCGCACGCCUGCAGGGAGGCCCCGGCCAGCCUUCCUCGGAGCGAGGCCCAGCGUGAGAUCCAGGAGUGGGGGGUGUCCGUGCGGACCCUGCGGGGCAACUUCGAGUCGGUCCCCGGCCUGCCUUGCGGCUCCAGCCCCUGCGAGCUGGGGACCCCGCCCGGGCCGUGCCUGAGUGGCUGCUGGCCGGCCCCCCCGAAGCCCUGCAGCGGCCCGACCAGAGGGGGGCCCGGGCCGGGCGACGCAGAGGAGGCCAGCGACUCGGGCAUCAGCUGCGAGGAGGCCCCGUCAGAGGCCGGCCCCGCGCCCGGCCUGGACCCGGCCAGCCUGCGCAAGGAGCGCAUCGUCAUGCUCUUCCUCGGCCACUGGAAGAAGUCGGCCUGCACGCCGGCCCUCAAGGCGGCAGCCUGCAGGACCCUGGAAGCCCGCCGUGCGGGGCCCCGGGCGCAGGGGGCGGCCAGGAGCCCUGGGCUGUCCCCCCUGCCGCCCGGCGAGGGCCCCCGGCUCAGCCACCUGUGGCAGCAGCGCAGCAUCAUCUCUCACCUGCUGGGCAACUGGAAGACCAUCAUGGCGCACGUGCCGGCCCGCCAGCUGCGGCGGCUGAGCCGGCGGCCCCCAGGGCCCCUGUCCCCCGAGCAGUUCCUGCCCCACGUGGCCGGGGCACCCGUGCCCUACAGCAGCCUCUCGCUCGACCUCUUCAUGCUGGGCUACUUCCAGCUCCUGGAGUGCGACCUGCCGGCCGAGGAGCGGAAGAUGCGCCACCUGCUCUGCUUCGAGGUCUUCGAGCACCUGGGCGCCCACGGCUGGGAGGCCGUGCGCGCCUUCCACAAGGCCGUGACCGACGAGGUGGCCGCCGGCCGCCGUGCCUGGACUGACGGCUUCGAGGACAUCAAGGCCCGCUUCUUUGGCUCUAGCCAGGGUCCCACCUGGGAUGCGGAGCCUGGCCGCAAGUCAGGUCUGACCCCGCUCGGGCCCCUGCCACGUGCCGCCGUCCCCAGCAGCGGCCCCAGGCCCACAGCGAGGCGGCUGGGGGCCGGCUCCCAGCGGGGCAGUUUCAACAGCGAGGACAUCUGCGGCUACAUCAACCGGAGCUUCGCCUUCUGGAAGGAGAAAGAAGCCGAGAUGUUCAACUUUGGAGAGUGACCUGCCCCCCGAGUGGGCUGGGGGUGUGUUGGGUUUCUCUUUCCUCUCCCCCGCUGCGGCCCCGCCGUGCUCCCCCUCCCGUCCGGCCUGUUGCCCGCGUUGUGCAGCCCUGGCACGCGUGCGUCUCCGCCGAGCAAGGACUGGCCGCAGGGCCCUCUCCCACUGCACCCGGGCGCCCUCGCGGUCGGUCGGCUGCGCUUGGAGGGAGGCAGUGCCCACCCCAGCUCCAGGCCAGCGGCCCCCCGCAAGGGCCUGCUCUGAGGCUGGGCUCCCCGGCUUCCUCCCCUGCUGGAGACCCGCUUGUAGCGCUGACGGUGGAUACGAGUUUGCUAAAUAGACUCCCCAGUCCUGGCCGCCCUCCCUCCUGCGCUCACCCUGCCCCAGCCCCUGGGCAGCGCCUGUGCCCACAGAGGCCGAGUCCUCACCCCAGCUCUGCCGCAGCGCCAGGGCAAAGCCUCCCAUCCCCCCGCACACGGGCCGCACGCUGCCCUGCCCACUGCUGGGUCGUGGUGAGGGGGGACUGAGGGCCCGGGUGGGAGGGUCUCUGUCCUGGGCGUCACCCUUGUCUCAGACGCGCACUAGCCCGAGUGUGUCUGACGAGCAGGGCACCCCUGGCAGCUGGGAGCGCCCCAGACGCUGUCUCUUGGGCAGCAGGGCCUGGCUCUUGGAUCCAACAUGCAACCAGCAGAGACAGACAGGGCUGGUCCACCGGGCGCUGCCCUGUGCCGGCUGGCACGAGGCACGGGCGGAGGGCGGGUCUGGGCUGAGCCCCGGCUGGUGUCAGGAGGUUGGGCACUCCCAUGUCUCCCGUCCCCCAUGUACCCCUUGCUGACGGUGCAGCUCUGAGGGCCUAACAAGGGGGGGUGUGGCACACACUGAGCCCCCCCCAGGGUACUUCCUGGCCAGGUACUCAGGCCACCCCUGGCUCGGGCGUCUUCGCCCCACUCACUGUGGCCUCAGGCAAGUCCCUCCAUGGCAUCUGGGCCUUGGUUUCCCAGCUGAAGGGCUGGAUCGAGGCCAGGAGGGGAACCCCACAAGUGCCUGGGGUUCCAGGAGGACCUGGGACGGGCUGCCCAGCGAGGGGUGAGGCGGGAGCUCAGAUCCAGGGUUGUGGCCCAGAGAGGGAGGGGACAUCUCUGCUGGGGUGCUCAGGGCUGACCCCCAAGUGAUCUCCUGCAGACACUCUGCUUCUGCGGGGAGCAGGUUGGGGUGGGGCUGGGAACCCUGGCCAGGGCAGCCACCUGUGCCCCCAGAGCAGGCAGGGGCUGGCCCUGGCAGGGCACACUCGCCGCUGCAAGGCCUAUUUGGUGCCUAGAAAUCUGUUGUGCAGUUGGCAAAAACUCACCGAGGACCCUGGAGCCCCCACAUGUGCACCCUGGGGGCUGCAGACUUCAGCAAGGUGGCCAGACCCGAAACACAGGUGUGAAACCUGGGGGCUUCCCGGUGGGGCCAACCACACUGGGGCAGGAGCCCAUCUCCCCAGCCCUUAUGUGCAGGGGACGCAGAGAAGCAGGACAGGGUAGCACGGGCAGCAAAGAACCUUUGUCCACCACCUUUGUCCUCGUGACUAGGAUAAACACGUAAAGGUGUGAGCUCUCUGCACGUCAACGCAUAGGGUUAAUGCAAAACCCAGCUCUUUUUUUUUUAAUGUCUCUAAAGUUCAUUUGAAAGAAAAAAUGAACAAAGCCCACUGUGGCGGCCAGGCUGCAAGAAGAACCCCAGUGACCCUGCCUGCUAACAGACACGGUAUAUACCCCUGACCCGCGUGCAUGCACACGCACACACACGCAGUACCACAGAACACAGCAGAAGCUACGGAUGUCACAUGGGCUAUAACAGACACUGUGGCUCCAUCUCCGUCACUCUCUUGGUCUCUCACAUCGGGGCAGCCGGGCAGCCUUACAGAGCGGUCCCCCGGGGGCAGUGGGGGCCUCCCGCCCACAGCCCUGGCAGACCCCGCCCCAGGCCGGCCUCCAGGCGCCUGCACUUGGGCUGAGCUCUCGUGCAGCCUCUGAGACAUCCUGAGGUGGAACCACCCCACGCACAAGCUCCGCCGCGUGAAACCGCGAGGUAAUGAGCGUGGGUGUUCCAAGACACUGGAUUCGGGGCGAUUUGUUGUGCAGCAGUAGAUGACUCGUACAACAGACAAGACAAAUGUAAAUAGGAGAGUAACGAAGAGAGGCGUACGUUUCAGACAUGAGGUAGAAUUGCAGAGCAGUGACCCAUCAGACGAGGUGUCCUCAGCCUAGAACAGUCACUCAGACGAGAACAGAGAGGCCAUCUCUUUGCACACAGAAAGGGUUGCCCGAGAUGAAGUUGCCGCGGCAGGUCCCCGGGCGGGGAGGUUGUCGGUAACAGAGCUGACAGCCUUGGUGAGCUAUUCCGAGGGAAAAAAAGGAUGACCUUAUGGGACCCCAUGCCCCAAAUAAAUCGCAGCUGUGGAACUCCAGGGGAGGAAGUGGGCAGUCUGACGGUGGGGGGGAGGACCAGCAUCGGGGACGGUCACACCUCGGGUGGCGGGAGGUGCACUCACUCAUCCAAGCCAGAGUCCCUCUGUUAUGUGCGUUAAGUUUGGAAGAUGGUCACACACUUUAAAUUGGUGGUUUCACACUCAGAAUCUCUUCUGGGAACAAUCACAGACAUGAUGCCAUCGUCAUCACACCAGACCCGGAUGGGAAACAACCUGAAUGUCCGUUAGCAGAAGUGGCUGGACACCACGUCCAACUCGUGAGGGAGACAGUCCCUCCUGGGACGAGAUGUACAGCCACGUUCCAAACACCGAUCACGUCAGAAGUGCUCGUGAUCGCGUGGCAGAAGAGGACACACACCCACAAACGCAGUGACUCCACUGUUGCGACCCGUCAACAGCUGGAAGGGAAGAUGCCAGUGUGUUCAUGGCAGUUGUCUUUUACUGGUGGAGUUUCCUGCUUUAUAUUUUUCUGUUUUCCAAAAUUAACGUGUUAUUUUUACCAUCGUAAAAAGAAACAAGCAGCGUAUUUUUAAAA